UUGUGAUUGGAUUUGCGUACGAUAACUUGUCGCAAUGGCUCGCAUGAACCGACCCGCUCCCGUGGAGAUCACCUACAAGAAAAUGAGGUUCCUCAUCACCCACAACCCCACCAACGCCACCCUGAACAAAUUCAUCGAGGAACUGAAGAAGUAUGGAGUGACCACCGUUGUCAGAGUGUGUGAAGCCACCUAUGAUGCCGCUCAGGUGGAAAAAGAAGGGAUUCAGGUUUUGGAUUGGCCCUUUGAUGACGGAGCUCCUCCCUCCAACCAGAUUGUUGAUGAUUGGCUGAACCUCCUGAGGGCCAAGUUCCGUGAGGAGCCCGGCUGCUGCGUUGCAGUCCACUGCGUGGCAGGGCUGGGGAGAGCCCCGGUCCUGGUUGCCCUCGCCAUGAUUGAAUGUGGGAUGAAGUAUGAAGACGCUGUCCAGUUCAUUAGACAGAGGCGCCGUGGCGCGUUCAACAGCAAGCAGCUCCUCUACCUGGAAAAAUAUCGUCCAAAGAUGCGCCUGCGAUUCAAAGACUCCAACGGCCAUCGCAACAACUGCUGCAUCCAGUAGGGCGGAGGCCCUGCUCCAGCACUCGCCAGCUCCCGCUACAGAAAACAGAGAAUGUUUGUGUUGUGAGGCCACACGUUACAGUUACUAGCCCUGUCCCCCUAACCAAUAAUCAUUCAUUAGUAUGUAGAUGUAUCCAUAGGAAACCAUGACCGACCGGCAUCACCUCGAACGAUGUCCAUUUUGUCAAAAGUGCCCUCCACUGUUUUAAAAGUUGGUCUGAAAAAAAAAGAAAGAAAAAAAAGUUCAAAACGCUGUAUUCCGGCUACAGUUACUGUUCGAAGCGACUGUUUCGGGUUGCUUCAUUUUAGAAUUUUAAUAUACUUUAUUGAGGUUUGCAGAGAACACAUGUGCAGGGCUUUUGUUGCCUAUUCAGCUGUUUUGAGCCUCCCAUUGGAUAAAUUCAGCAUCCAAGUUUAUUAUUUUAGAAAAAAUAUUGACCUAAAAUAAAUGAUUUGCUACAAACUGAAAUUACAUAUACUUUUUUUUUAUUUUUUUUUUAUUUUUUGUGCCAGCUGUAUCACUAUUGAUGUCCAAUGUUUGCUUUUAAAACCAAAUUCCUAAGAAAAACUCCUUUACAUGUGCAGUAAAACACCAAAAUUCUACAAUCAAAUUGGCUACAAUGAAACGCCAUGUGAAAAUAAGCAACAGUGCCAUUUGCCUUUAGUACCCACAAUGCAGUUAUGUUCCUAUUGUUUGCAGCCUAUCAAAAGUAGUCCCCAUCAGGAGAAAAUCCCAAUUAAUUUCUGUGGUGCUGCAUUGCCUUCCUGUUUUUACACGUUGUGCAAGCCAAAAACUGAAAGUGGCCAUUUUUUCAUGUCACUUCAAAAUUUCCUCACUGCUGCAUGUAUGAUUCAUGACUGCGCAUAUCCGUGAGGGCAACAGCCAUUUUCCAUUCUGGAGGCAUAGGCCACAGGUCUGUUUGAAGCGAGCUUUGAUGUUUAAUGGUUAAAUGUAACUUUUUUAAGUCAGAAAUAAUGUCUUUCCUUAAAAGAAUAUAAUGCUAAUCUAUUGUUUUUAUGGAUUAUGGGGAAUAUUUGUGUGAGAGAUUAAGGGGUCAUUCUCAUUCCACCAAACCCCCGCAAAAAAAAAAAAAAAUGGAUGCAGUUGAAGUGCUAACAUGAGUUACCUGGCAACGACUGUAAUCUGAAAAAAAAAAAAAAGUUGGAUUUAAAUGUCUUUAAGGAGUCCUUCUAAAAUGUCUUCUUUAUAAAUGGGCAUGUUGGCAUUCACAUCAUGGGCAUUGAGGAAAGUCAUCAUGGACCUGUGUGAACGGUGUCUUAGACGGUAUCUUCUGGACUUGGCGACAGCCAGCCGCGGUGUGAGCACUGUGCAGCGUCUCGCUGCCACUUGGCAUUAAUUGACGUACAUAGACGCUCUUUUUAUGGUAACUUCCCCCUGUCUGAGAAUGAACAGAACUUGUAGCAGUGUGAACAAUAGCCUUCUCUACCGUUGCCCUAUUUUCUCUGAACCGUGGGUUGGCAUUUUUCUCAAUUGUAGUGUUCUACAACAAGGACUGAAACUGCAUUCAAUCAGGCACCUGCCGAUAAGCAUGUAUGUGAACCCCCCGCAAUAAAAGAAAGCAGCGUUUGAGCCAACAUGUCACCACAACACAUUACUUCAUGCAUGGCAGCGAUCGUGUGUGACUAUAAAUACUCUGAACAAUUUUUAAGACCAGUAUUUAAAACCAUGUAGGAUACUGUGGUAAGAAGGAAGUUCAAGCUGGUCUGGCAAUUACAGCUCAGAAUAGAUUUUAUCACUGUCGUUGGGUGCCAAACUUGUUUUACUUCAUUUUGUACGAACAUACAGUACAUGCCAUCAUAAGAUUAGUGACAUGGAGACCAGUUUGAUCAAUUUCUCUUUUUUUCAAUGUCUGUCUUGAAGGAAAUGUUGGAGAAAAUGGGUACUCAGUGUAUAUAGUGCUUCUCUUUCCUCCUUUUAUUUGUUUUUCUUUUUUAAACGGAGGGCAAUUUUCUUUUUUGCACGUAUUUACCAAUUAUUUUAUGACUUUGGUAUAACAUCUAAAUUCUGAUCCUAAAUCUCCCAUUUUAUUUUAAACUGUAGAAGCACAUGAUGUCCUUCAGUCGGUCUCAUUUUAAAAAGCCUUACAGUUUGUAAGAGGAACGAGGCCCUCCACUGCAUUGAAGCCAGGUCAUGAACUUGGUGGGGGUGUUUCAUACGAUUUGGAUAAACACGUUGCCUUUGUCUUGCAGGACAUGAGCCCUUCAGUAACUAUUUUUAAUACAGUAUACAGAUGCUUUAUUGUAGUUAAUGAAAUGAACGUCUAAUCUUGAAAAGUUUUUUUUCUCAUUCAAAUGUGUGUAUCAACUUUGUUUACCAACUACUGCUUUGUCUAAAAAUGUGAUUUCUUCUGUUGGCUUCAAACUGGACAUCAAUGUCUGCAAUAUUUUGUAUUGCCUUUUUAUUUGAUCUGCAUAACUUAAUACUUGGAUACUUGAUAAUUUAUGUAUUUGAAACAGUGAUGUGUUAAUGUUAGAUCAACUAUUUAUACUGUAAAAUGGGAACGUGUGCUGUAGUUCUGUGGGAGAAGUAUCUGGCCAGUGUUUACUAGCUUGUGAGAGAGCUUGUAUGUGGAAAUAAACACUGAAAUGCAUAUA